CGUUCGGAUUUAAUCUCAUUGCAAUCAAAGCAGAGACAGUUUUCAACACAAAUCGCAUAUGCACCAGUUUCCACUGAAAACAUGGUCUUCUCCACAGGACUCCUGCAAGAAAACACACUUUUCUUCCUCAGUAGGUGACAGCACGGCUUACAUUAAGGCGUCUCUGGCGUCUCCGUAGUUUAUUAAUUGUAUGCAAGUGUCAAAAUAAUUUAUCACAAAUGCACAUGGGCGCAGGCUGCUCUCAUUCCUAAACUUCAUUAACAGCGUCAAAGAAAGAGGAGCGACUUUUUCAUCGAAGGUAUUAUCAGUCGUUUUUAUCUUGCAACAGUUUCACAAUUUGCCCUCUGGUAACAAAGUAGCGCAAAUACGCAGGGGAGGGACUAACGAGUUCCGUUGGGCAGUUUUGUAUCCAUUUUUUGCUUGUUUGUCUGCUCUCUCCUGCCUCCUUUGGGCAACCUGAGAGCGUUCUCUUCUACGCAGACUCAAGAGCAAACGAACGGCGCCAAAUUAUUCAGCUUGAAGCGGCGAUUUGCGAUUGGGCAUUUUGAAAAUCUCCCGCUGCUCAUUUGAGGAGCUGCGCCCUAUAGCGAGAGAGGCGUAGUUAGGUGGCACCGCCCUCCCUGGACUUGCCAGUUUUCAUUCUGGUCCGCUUACAGAGUAUAUAAUUCAGCCGAGUUCUUUUCUCUCCUGCAUAAGCCGGUUCGUUCUUUGUUCGUGCGUUUGCUGGGAAGAUGUCGGGUCGCGGCAAAGGCGGGAAGGGGCUCGGGAAAGGGGGCGCCAAGCGCCACCGCAAGGUGCUGCGCGAUAACAUCCAGGGCAUCACGAAGCCUGCGAUUCGCCGCUUGGCUCGCCGUGGAGGAGUCAAGCGCAUCUCUGGGCUGAUCUACGAGGAGACCCGGGGCGUGCUGAAGGUUUUCCUGGAAAAUGUCAUCCGCGAUGCCGUGACUUACACGGAGCACGCCAAGAGGAAGACCGUGACUGCCAUGGAUGUGGUCUAUGCCUUGAAGCGCCAGGGCCGCACUCUGUACGGUUUCGGCGGCUAAAUAUUCCUGCAGCGAGCAACAAAAUAUCCAAAGGCCCUUUUAAGGGCCACCUACUCAUUCAUAAAAAGCUGAAUUUUUCUCAUUGAGUAACGUUAACAAGGUAGGGAUGGGUGCUUGUGAAAAGGCGGUGGUUGCUUGAUUUACAACUGGUCCGACGUGUAUGUACGUAAAUCAAGAAAGUCGAGAUGUGCGGUGGCCGUUUACAGUUCUGUUCAUCUUUUAAAAAAUACUCCUAUGCAACGCUUUGAAUCAUUUUUUUUAUCUCCCGCUUCUGACCGUUUUUUGAGUUAAAAAAGCACCCUAUUGGUUCUUCAGUGAAAUUUCUAGGGGAGGCAGCCUUUGAUCACGGCCCUAGGCUAACCUCGAAGGGGCUUUUUGCGCAGAACUCUGCUCCUCCCUUCGCUGUCCCCCACUAGAGAGUAAGGCUCCAAACUGGCUUAGUAGCCGCAGGAGGAUUCC